UCCUCGUACUACUUUCUCCUCACACGUCGGUGAUCCCACCAUCCAAAACCCAAACCCCAAGUGAGAAAAGGGGGUGAUUAAGCAGAGGGAAAAUGGGAUGCUUAACAAUCCCUUCCCAGAGAAUCUCGUUCUUGAAAAAACCUUCAACAAUGACAAACACUUCAGUGCCGUCUCGUCUUAAUCCAAAUUUUAAUGGGAUUUGUAUUAGUCCAAAGGUUUCUUGGUCCACUCAUAGUCUAGCGUUUUCCAGGAAGUUAAGAAAGCGAUGUAGGGAAAUGCAUGAAGGGAACUUGGGGAAAUUCCUCUGUAAAGUGUUUGAUAGCUCAAAAGACGGUGAAUGCAGAAUAACUGAGGGCAAAAGCUGCACUGGGAUAAGAUUUUUACACUCUGUUGAAGAGCACAAUAUUAUGGCUACAACUAAACACACAACUGCUUCAAACUUCAUGUCAUACCAGAUUCACUUGAAACUUAUGAUGCUGUGUGGGUUCUUCACUCUUCAAGGUGCUCAACAGGCAGUUGCCAGUUCAGAUAUUGCUAGUCAGUUAUCAUCAAUUUCAUUUCUUGGUGACACUGGCGAUAUUAGCACAGGUUUUGCUUCAGCAUUCUUGCUGAUAUUUUUCUCUGAACUAGGGGACAAAACUUUCUUCAUUGCAGCACUUUUGGCGGCUAGGAACUCUGCUGCUGUUGUUUUUCUUGGCACUUUUGGUGCACUAGGGGCAAUGACAAUCAUAUCUGUCAUUCUUGGAAGAACUUUUCAUUAUGUUGAUGGUAUUCUCCCAUUCAGGUUUGGUGAUGCUGAUUUGCCAAUUGAUGAUAUUGCUGCAGCUUUUCUUCUGGUCUACUUUGGUGUUUCAACAUUGCUUGAAGCCUCCUCGGGUGAUCGUCAAAAGACUGAAGAAGAACAAAAGGAGGCAGAAUUGGCAGUUUCAGAAUUUUCAGGAAAUGGAGCUGGAAUUUUGGCUGUUGCUAGCACCGUCAUUAGCACUUUCCUUCUUGUUUUUGUUGCUGAAUGGGGUGAUAAGUCAUUCUUUUCCACAAUAGCACUUGCAGCAGCCUCUUCACCUCUUGGAGUUGUUGGAGGGGCAUUAGCCGGUCAUGGAGUGGCAACAUUGCUGGCUGUUCUUGGUGGCUCCUUAAUGGGGACUUUCCUAUCGGAGAAGGUUAUAGCCUACAUUGGCGGUACUCUCUUCCUUGUAUUUGCAGUGGUGACAUUGAUUGAGAUAGUGAGUUAGGAAGCAGCCAUUUUUCGCUGCACUGCUGAUUCGUGUGUUUCUCAAGCAUUUUGCUGCAAAUGGGACUAACAUUUUAUCGACAUUUUUGGAUGAAUUCCAUCUGGGAAGGAGGAGGGUUGACCAGACUCAUGCUUUGCAGCAAAACAUCUGCAUCAAAACAAACUUAACAUGAAAAAAAAAUUUGAUUUGUUGCUUGGCCUUGUAGCAUAUAUAAUUCUUAUUUGUAGCCCAACACUUUAUGGAGCUAGAUCGCUUUGCUGAUACUAGUAUCUAUUACCACGUACGAGUGAGUCUAUUAUGCAAAUGGAAAUCCUGGAUCA